UUUUUUUCGGUGAAGAGGUGAUUGAUAUUAAUGCAAAGUAAAAAGGGCAGUGUAAUUCUCAAGAAAAAAAAACAAAAAAACAAAAAACAAACACCCCACCCUUCCAGAUCCCCUCACCCGGUCUUCUCCUUUACUGAUCCUGAAUACCAAGUACCAAAGCUUGGAACCCUAGCCCCUUUCUACCAAAAAAACCCUAGCCCCUCGCCUCUUUCUUCUCCGUCGCCGUUCCCGGUCGAGUUCAGCGGCGGCUGGCAUGUGAUCGAAUCUCCGUUCCUCUUCUCCGUUUUUAUUGAUCAGCAGUGGCAGCAGCGGGAUUCGGGAACAGUGCAUAGAAGGUGAUUGCAGCGUCUUCUCGGUCUCUGUUUUCGGCUCCUUCUUCGGCGAGUCUCCAUUUGAGUCUAUAUUGAGUUGAGCCCCUGCCCCGGUGCUCCCUUCUUCUUCUCCGUCUCCGUUCCGCCGCACAGGUCUCUCUAUUCUCUUGCAAAGGAGUUUCUUGGAUUAAGAGAUGAACCUGCUGGUCUUCAGAUACCAAGCCAUCUGCCAAAGUUGAAGGUGGGGUAAAUUUAAUCCAUCAACUCUCUGUGCUGGAUAUAGAAUAGCUUAGGCACCAUCAUACUAGAUUAAAUUCGAGUACAGACAAAUGGAACAACCAAUGGAGCUAUCUUCAGUUCAAGCUGGAAGUUCAGAUGGGUCUAUCACAAACAGCUCACCCCUUGUCAGCCGUGUCCGGAAGUUGUUGUAUCGACAAAUGCUGGUGGGUGUCAAUGAUGGCCGGUUCUUCUUGGGUGUUUUUCACUGCAUUGACAAGCAAGGCAAUAUCAUCCUCCAAGAUGCAGUGGAGUAUCGUAGCACAAGACGAUCCUCACCUUCCCCAAUGGAGCAAAGAUGCCUUGGCCUCAUUCUCAUUCCAUCUUCGUGCCGGUCCUCUUGUCACGUAGAUUGCUCCAUUGAUGAACAAUUGUCUCUCUUAUCUCUUGAGAAAUAGCAGAAAUGAUGCUUCUUUAUUUUUCUGUCAUCUUGGCCUACCCACUAGACCAUUCACUCGUCAUUAAUCCAUUGAUAUUUUGAAAUAUGUUUACUGUGGUGUAAUACUUCUCAACUGUUUUCCCUUCUAUUGCUUUGAAACUUGCAAUUUUCUUUCA